GUGGUUGUCGAGACUCUUGUGUACGUGCCGUACUGUGCAACAAUGUUGCACUAGGGCGAUUCUGGAAAUAAGUUAACGUUUUUUUUAAUGUAACUAAACAGUCGUGUCUGGAUUCCAAGACGUGCAAGUUACUUCAUGAAAAGCAAAAUGCUCACCGACACUUGCAAUCCGUAAAUUACUGUCAGAUUUUUUUCUGCCAGUAAACCUACCUAUCAUUAUCGUUCUGACCAUUCUUGGGCACUUUUCAGCAUUUUACAAUGAGGUUAACCACGUUACUUUUGAAAAACACAACGCCAAAGAUUGAAUAUUAUUCGAGGUUUUCACCUUCUCCUCUUUCCAUCAAACAGUUUCUGGAAUUUGGGAGGGAUAAUGCCUGUGAGAAAACCUCGUACAUGUUCCUGCGGAAGGAGCUGCCGGUGCGACUGGCCAACACCAUGAGAGAGGUCAACCUGCUGCCCGACAAGCUGGUCAGCCAGCCGUCCGUCAAGCUGGUACAGAAGUGGUACAUGCAAAGCUUCCUGGAGCUGUUGGAAUAUGAAAACAGGAAGCCAGAGGACCCGCUCGCCCUGCAUGAUUUUUUGGAGAUCCUCAUCGAGAUCCGGAACAGGCACAACGAUGUGGUUCCCACCAUGGCUCAGGGGGUGAUCGAGUACAAGGAGAAGUUCGGCUUUGACCCGUUUGUCAGCAGCAACAUUCAGUAUUUUCUGGAUCGGUUCUACACCAAUCGGAUCUCCUUCCGCAUGCUCAUCAACCAGCAUACCCUCUUGUUCGGGAACGACACGAACCCUGCUCACCCCAAACACAUUGGCAGCAUCGACCCAACCUGCAAUGUGGCGGAUGUAGUCAAAGAUGCCUACGAAACCGCCAAGAUGCUGUGUGAACAGUUCUAUCUCACAUCUCCUGAACUUAAAGUAGAAGAAUUUAACGCCAAGGCCCCUGGGACGCCCAUCCAGGCCGUGUACGUGCCCUCGCAUCUGUUCCACAUGCUCUUCGAGCUCUUCAAGAACUCCAUGCGGGCCACGGUGGAGACGCAUGAGAGCAGCAAGGAGGGCCUCCCCCCGGUCAAGACUAAAGUUACGCUGGGCAAGGAGGACCUCUCCAUAAAGAUCAGUGACCGAGGAGGAGGCGUCCCGCUGAGGAAGAUCGACCGGCUGUUCAACUACAUGUACUCCACGGCCCCCACCCCCAGCCUGGAGCCCGGCGCCCGCGUGGUGCCUCUGGCGGGCUUCGGUUAUGGCUUGCCGAUAUCCAGACUGUACGCGCGUUACUUUCAAGGGGACCUGAAGCUGUACUCCAUGGAGGGAGUGGGAACCGAUGCUGUCAUUUACCUGAAGGCCCUGUCCAGCGAGUCGUUCGAGCGCCUGCCUGUCUUCAACAAGUCGGCGUGGCGACACUACCAGACCGGCCCGGGGGCGGACGACUGGAGCAACCCCAGCAGAGAGCCACGAGAUACCUCCAAGUUCAAGGCCAAAAGAUAACUCCUCCCCCCCCUCUCCCUACUCAGUGCAAACACUCCACGCUCUUCCUGCCCCUGCCGUCUCACUUCCUGUUAGCUUAGUUUCAGCCGCUAUAGCAACUUGUCAACCAAACAACCAGCCUGCACUCUGGCAGUCCUUCCUGGUGUGUGUGUGAGAGUAGUAGUGAUCCCCAGAUCUCUCGCCCACUGCAGUUACCCCUGAUGAUGUACACAGUACAUCAGUGUCCUCCUCAUACCUAAUUGUCCAGCAUGAGACAAUGGUUAUGUGGUUAUGCUGCCCUCUAGUGGUGUUCUCCCAGUACAGCAAAAGGGAAAGCCGCCAUUGUGUGCCAGGGAUGAGAGUGGGCAUGGGGGCUCUGUUCAUGGCGCCGCAUAAUGGGGCUCCUGUCUGACUCCCCCCCCCCCCCCCCUUUCCCCCUCCAGAAAGUAGGUUGGUGUUUCACUGUUUCAGCUGAGAGCAACAAAAGGACGUUUCAUUGGCAGCUGAAAUGUCCAGUCACCCGUUACCUUGACGACCAGUCGUAGGCCCAGUGACUGUAGCCGGCAGUUGAGGGACCCCAGAUGAAUACAAGAGAGAAAAGAAAGAACACAUACCUUAAAGUGUACUUAGGUACCAUGGGAACAAAAAUUCUGAAAAGAACAACGCAACAUUAAUAUAUAUAGAAAUGAACUUUUUAUAUUUAAAAAGAGUUAGAGCUGAUUAGUUAGAGCGUGUGUAUUUAUUCUGAUGUGAUUAAAUUUAAGAAUUUAAAAGGACAUCAAAUGUCGAAACUUUAAAAGUAGUUAUAGAGGAUUGCACUAAAUCAUGUAACAGAGGUCAAUUGAAGAACGAGGGAGCAGAUUUAGUUUUUUUUUAAGUGCAAGGAGGAAACCGAUUUCCUUGAAUGGCGGAAAUGAGGCAGGUGUGCUCCUUCAUUAGCAAUACUGAGCCCUGUGCUAAAGACAGGGACGCAACAAGAGCGAGAAGUAAGGACCUACAGAACAGAACAAUGCAAGUCAUGCUUUCAGCUCCCCACUCACUCACCGCUCAUGAGUCUCUUCUCUCAGCAGGGAACCGGCCCAAGUCCUCGCAUCCGCUCCAGCUUACUGAUGUUUAGUCAUUACAAGGUUUCUUUUUGAGUUGGAGCAAUGAUCAGAACUUUUAGGAAUCUCCUUUUUUACUUCAUUGUUUUUAAAUACUAAAGGUUGUUUUUGGGGCUUUUUUUUUGUCCUUUCAUGUGUAACUGGAUCAAUUCAUGUUUGUCCUUUCUUGCUGCUGUGGUGUACAUGUUGCUCCAAUGUCCAACACACAACGUCCUGUUUUUUUCCAUCAAACUUCUUAUUUAUGGAAGGGGAGAUCAGUUUAUUGAAAUAUUUUUUAUGAUUAUUAUUGUCCUAUUUUUGUGUCAUAUGCAGGCCAGUGGUUAUUUCCGUAGAGAUUUAGAAUGUGGCCGGGUAAAGAGGUGAGGUUUUGUCCCCACUGCCCGCUGCAUCACUGCCCAGGUGGUCGUGUCUUAACACACGCACUCCUUUGAGACGGAUCUGGGCAGAAGUCCAUUUCGUUGUCCUUCCGUCGGUUAUUCCAAGUGUAUCCGAUACCUGAGUGUUGUGUGUGUGUGUGUGUGUGUGUGUCUCAGCAGGAGGUGCCUUCCUCUUUCCAAGUGUGAUUCUGACGCUGCUCUGGCGCGGGUUCUGACUUUGCACCACACCAGGCCCAGUUCUGGCACAGGAUCAGCUGUCUCCUAGGUGACCCCCCCCCCCCCCCCCCCCCUUGUGUGUGCGGGGCCCCUCAGCUGUCUCCUAGGUGACCCCCCUUGUGUGUGCGGGGCCCCUCAGCUGUCUCCUAGGUGACCCCCUUGUGUGUGUGCGGGGCCCCUUUAGCUGUCUCCUAGGUGACCCCCCUUGUGUGUGCGGGGCCCCUCAGCUGUCUCCUAGGUGACCCCCCUUGUGUGUGCGGGGCCCCUCAGCUGUCUCCUAGGUGACCCCCCUUGUGUGUGUGCGGCCCCUUUAGCCGUAGGCUGCACAGGAACAUCACAACUCUUUUGGAGAGUUUGCUUAUGUGGCGUCUACCCCAGAGGCAUACUGUAGUACAUACCCUCCUCUUCUGCAUCGAAGUGGGUUAAACCAGUUAGCCUGUAGCUUGCCUGAAUCUAAAAGGGAACUAUAGGCUAACUGGUCCAACCCUCUUCCAGUGAGUUAUGCUAUGCUAGGCUAACUGGUCCAACCCUGUUCCAGUGAGUUAUGCUAUGCUAGGCUAACUGGUCCAACCCUGUUCCAGUGAGUUAUGCUAUGCUAGGCUAACUGGUCCAACCCUGUUCCAGUGAGUUAUGCUAUGCUAGGCUAACUGGUCCAACCCUGUUCCAGUGAGUUAUGCUAUGCUAGGCUAACUGGUCCAACCCUGUUCAGAGAGAAGGGUACGUGUCCUCUAAUCUAUAGUGCUGCGGUAGAUGGCAAAAGAGCUGAUUUCCCAAGAAGCUGGCGUUCCUUUAACUUUGCAGCCAGAGGGUCCGCGAUCCCACCUUUAUUUUCCAAGAGAACUAUAUAUUAUUAGGUGGGGAUUAGUAUCUGAAAAUAUGUGAAAAAGGAAAUAUAUACGAGAUUUCUUUAUUUGUAAAUUGUCGUCUCUGACUGGUAGAGAUGCCAAUCAAGCACUUUGUUUGCCAUGGAUCCCGUUAAGAAAUGUUUCUGUAUCACACACACACACACACACACACACACGUACACACACGCACAGACACAGACAGACACAGACAGAAGGUACAGUAUGAAACUGAGUGUGUUCCCCUGAGGCUUGUUUGUUCUCAUUAUUGUAGGCGUGGCUGCAGGCAUGGCCGACAAUACAAUUAUACUUUGGUAUAGUUGGUGUGUGUGUGUGUGUGUGUGUGUGUGUUCAUACCUGUACCUCUCUAUAGCCUUGCAGUCUAAGCAUGGCAUAAUGUCUGCCCAUCAUCACACACACAGACAGUUCAAAACCUUUGUGGUAUUAAAUGGUUGAAUGACAAGACCAUUGUAGUCUAUUAGCCAUCAUUAAAUCAAACCUCUAUUAAAGAAUUCCACUAUUGAAACCAUUCUGUAUGUGUCUAUGUGGUUCUCAUUUGAAACCAUUUUGUAUGUGUG